AUGGCGGGCACGGGCAAAUCGCCAACGACAGCGGAAGCGCUGCGGGAACAGCUGGACAACAUCGAAUUGCAAGAAGCAGAAGCCGGCCCGAGUUCGAGUUCUCCCAGCACCACUAGCCCGACGACGACGCAAGGGACGAGCUCUCAACAACAUGUCGAAUCCCCAACAUUGCGCUCUCGACCGGUCCUGGAACCGCUCUCGCCCCGUGCCAGCGGACCCCGCUCCUUCAGCUUCGACGAGAGCAGACAGUCCCGCGCGCGACUACCGCACUCGCCGCUACACAUCAAGAUCCCCGACCUGUACACCAUCCAGUCACACGUUGUCUCGCCACCACCACAACCAGCACCACCACCACCAGCACGAGAUGCGCCCAGCUCGGCACGAUAUAGCGGUGUGGUAUCAUUUCCGGUAGCCACGCGCCUGCGCACGGUGGAAGAACCGAGGGUUUCGUUGACCCGCCCACGACAGACAUUUGACGAGCAGCGAGACAAUACCAAGGUCCCUGGGGACGGCGACGAAAAGGGUAUACCGCCAACAGCGGAGAACCUCAACCGGGGAGCUCACCAUGGGCACCUGAAAGGGUUACGCAAGAGGGGGAACUCGUCGGUCUUGACAGCGCGAUGGGCGCAAGCCCAGCAAAAAGCCGAGGAAGCAUACAAACGCUACAUCAUUGAGGGCCUGCUCCGACAGAAACCGCUCCCACCCAGCGCCGACGGGCGACACAUCCCGCUUCAACCAGGCUUGGCGCGACAGAAGCCGCUCAAGGACGAGCGGAUGGGCCACGCGUACCAGACGAAUUUCAUCCGGUCGAGUCGAUACACGGUGUGGAAUUUCCUGCCGAAGCAGUUGUUUUUCCAGUUCACGAAGCUGGCCAAUUUCUAUUUCUUGGUUAUUGGUAUUUUGCAGAUGAUACCCGGGCUCAGCACGACGGGCACGUACACGACGAUUGGCCCGCUUAUUGCGUUUGUGGCGCUUAGCAUGGCGAAGGAAGGAUAUGAUGAUUAUAGGCGGUAUCGGAUGGAUAAGAUGGAAAACCGGAGUUUGGUGACGGUUUUGGAUCCCGAGGGGACGGUUAAAGAUACGACGAGGAAGCGGGAUCGGGUUGCUCGUGCGGUUUUUAAGAGGGGGGAGAAGGCGGACGUGAAGAUUGACUCGGGCGAUCACGAGCUGGAAUUGGCCGAGGAAGGGGGUGUUGCGACAGCGGUGGAAGGGGAGUGGGCCAAGAUUGAGUGGCAGGCGCUGAGGGUUGGGGAUAUCAUCCGGUUGGAGCGAGACGAGAACGUACCGGCCGACAUCGUCCUGCUCCACGCCACAGGCCCUAACGGCGUCGCCUUCAUCGAGACUAUGGCGCUGGACGGGGAAACGAACCUGAAGAGCAAACAAGCCUGCCCGCUACUGGCCAAACACUGUUCCUCGAUCAGCGGCAUCGGAGCCUGCGAGGGCGAGGUGGUAUCGGAGGACCCCAACAUCGACCUGUACAGCUACGAGGGCCGGGCUACAGUCCGCGGUGAGACGAUGCCCCUGACGCUGAACGAGGUGGUCUACCGCGGCUCGACGUUGCGCAACACGAGCCACGCGAUCGGGCUCGUCAUCAACAGCGGCGAGGAGUGCAAGAUCCGCAUGAACGCCAACAAGAACGUGCGGGCCAAGGCGCCCGAGAUCCAGCACGCGGUCAACCGCAUCGUGGUCGGGCUCGUGUUUUUUGUGAUCAUUCUGAGUGUUGGAUGCACGGUCGGGUACAUCCUCUGGCGGCGCGAGUACGAGUCGCGGGCGUGGUAUCUGAGCCGGUCAAACGUGCCGCUGAAGGAGAUUUUCAUCGCGUUUGUGAUUGCGUACAAUACGUUGAUUCCGCUGUCGUUGUAUGUCAGCCAUGAGAUCAUUAAGCUGGGGCAGCUGUUCCUGCUUAGUGAUAUCGAGAUGUACGACCCGGUCACGGACACGCCGAUGGUGGCCAACACGACGACGAUUUUGGAGAACCUCGGCCAGGUCAGCUAUGUGUUUUCUGACAAGACAGGCACGCUUACCGAGAACCUGAUGAAGUUCCGCAAAAUGAGCGUGGCGGGGACAGCGUGGUUGCACGAUAUGGACUUGCGGCUGGACGAGGACGAGGAGAACACGAAGAAGGACGGGAGCCCGGGCCGGGAGACGACCACCACUCCGACGGAGACGGAACGGGUAGGUCGCCCACGGCUGUUGCGGCCCCAGCCGUCGACGCUAUCCUCGAGGACGGAAGUCGGACGAGAAGAGAGCCGUUCUUUCGAUGGCCGUCGGUCGGAGAGUCUGCGGCCUACUCCCCGAGCGAGCACGACAUCGAGGUGGAAAUCACCGGUCCACACCACGCAGCCGCGACAGCCGGAGCUUAACACAGAGGAACUGCUGAGGUACAUCACUAACAAACCGCAUUCGGCAUUUUCCCGCAAGGCUCGGCAGUUCAUUAUGUGUCUGGCGCUUUGUCAUACGUGUCUUCCGGAAAGAGGCGAAGACGGCAAGAUCAGCUUUCAGGCGGCGUCUCCGGAUGAGCUCGCGUUGGUCGAGGCGGCUAAGGAUCUGGGCUACCUGCUCGUGGACCGUUCCGCGCAGUCGAUGACCCUCGAGGUGCCGAAUCCCAAUAGCCACAACAGCCCCCACACCCCCAGUGGUACCGCGACGACAACAACCGAGAAAUAUGAAAUCCUCGAUGUAAUCGAGUUCAGCAGCAAGCGCAAGCGCAUGUCCAUCAUCCUGCGCUUGCCCGACGGCCGGUUGUGCAUCUACACUAAGGGCGCCGACAGCGUGAUCCUACCUCGGCUGCGGCAGAAGCAGCUGGCCAUGCAGACGGCGUCGGCGGUGGAGCGACGGGCGAGCGUGCGCCGUAGUGUGGAGCAGGAGAAGGUGCUCACAAUGCGCCGGCAGAGCAUGCAGGGUAGACAGAGCAUGCAGAGCGUGCGCAGUCCAAGGCGCGAGAGUAUGAAUCUCAUGCGUGACAGUAUGAAUCUGCGGCGAACGACGCUGGAUCGCAGGGAUAGCUGGCGACGGUCGGUCGGGAUUACGGAUGAGGCCCAGGUGGGCGGCGCGCGGUCGUUGGAGCUGGCGCGGCUGUCACUGGCUGACCCGUACCCGAACCCGUAUGACGGAAUGGGGAUGGCCAUCGACGAAUCGCUGGCACUCAACGAAGGCGGCGUGUUCGAGCGCUGCUUCCAGCAUGUGGACGACUUCGCUACGGAAGGCCUCCGUACGCUCAUCUUUGGGUACCGGUAUGUCGAUGAGGAGGAAUACCGCAAGUGGAAGGAGGUGUACCUGCAGGCGACGACCAGCCUGUCGCAGCGCCAGGCCCGCAUCGAGGCCGCUGCUGAGCUGAUUGAGCAGGACUACGACCUGGCUGGGGCGACCGCCAUCGAGGACAAGCUGCAGCAGGGGGUGCCCGAGACGAUUGACAAGCUGCGGCGUGCUAAUAUCAAGGUGUGGAUGCUGACGGGGGAUAAGCGCGAGACGGCCAUCAACAUUGCGCAUUCAGCGGGGAUCUGCAAGCCCUUCUCCGAGGUGUACAUCCUCGAUGUUGCGGACAAAAACCAGACCAGCCUGCACGACCGCCUAGCCAUGACACUCACCGACGUCUGCCGCGGCAUGGUCCCGCACUCGGUCGCUGUCAUCGACGGCCACACCCUCUCCGUCGUCGAGGCCGACCCGGCCCUCCGCAUCCUCUUCUUCGACCUCGUCGCCCGCGUCGACUCUGUCAUCUGCUGCCGCGCCUCGCCCUCCCAAAAAGCUCACCUCGUCCAAUGCAUCCGCCACCAAGCCCCCUCUGCCGUGACCCUCGCCAUCGGCGACGGGGCCAACGACAUCGCCAUGAUCCAAGCCUCCCACGUCGGCAUCGGUAUCUCCGGCCGUGAAGGACUCCAAGCGGCCCGCAUCGCCGACUACUCCAUCGCACAGUUUCGUUUCCUCCAGCGCUUACUCCUCGUUCAUGGCCGGUGGAAUUACGUCCGCAGCGGAAAAUACAUCCUCGGCACUUUCUGGAAGGAAGUCAUAUUCUACCUCCUCCAGGCCCAGUACCAGCGGUACAACGGCUACACCGGCACCUCCCUCUUCGAAUCCACCUCCCUCACCGUCUUCAACACCAUCUUCACUUCGCUCCCCGUCAUCAUCCCAGGUAUCUUCGAACGCGACCUGUCCGCAGCCACCUUACUCGCCUUCCCCGAACUAUACACCUUCGGCCAACGCAACCGUGCCUUCCACCUCGCCCAAUACCUCGGCUGGAUGCUACUCGCCGUCAUCGAAUCCAUCCUAAUCUACUACGCCGUCUACUACCUCUACGCCUUCCACUCCCACUCCCCGGUCCCCACCGACCUCUUCCCCGUCGGCACACUAGCCUUCUCCUGCGCGGUGGUCUUCAUCAACCUCAAAUUGUUUUUCCUCGAAGUCCAUGACCGAACGCUAGUCAUCUUGGGGGGGUUGGCGGUGUCGACGGCUGGUUGGUGGCUGUGGAAUAUUUUGCUUAGUGCGCUGUUCAAAACGAGUGUGGCGCCCUAUGUGGUAAGGGAGGCGUUUUUGCACGGGUUUGGGAGGCAAGGGUUGUGGUGGUUGGUGCAUUUUGUGGUGUUGUCGGGGUUGGUCGUUUUGGAGUUGGGGGUUACGGCUGUGAGGAGGGCGGUCUGGCCUACGGAUAGGGAUUUGAUGCAGGAGAUGGAGGCGGUGGGACAUAUUCCACAAGGGUGCGAUCUGGAGGGGGGAGUUGACGGUGGUAUUCAUGCGCAAGAUUUUGAUGGGAUGGUGGAUGGGAAGAAAAGUAUGGAUGGUGCAGCGGGGAAGGCCAAGAUGAAAGCGGACGCUGCGUCGCUUGAUACGGUCACGUCUGCUUCGGCUUCGGCCACGGCUUCCGCCCCCACGGCUACCUCUGUACCUGGCCCUACCCCAGCACAGGAGGAAACGGGGACCGCAUCGGUCAUAGCAACGCCCACAACCCCCGGCUGGCAGCGCUGGGAAGGUUAUAGUUACAGCCGGCCUAGUCCGGGCGGUGGUGUUGGUGCUGGGAGGUUAACGGGGGAGUAUGUCCGCCCGCAGUUUACCCCGCCAGCAGAGGAGCGGGAGGAUCCGAUGGAGAGUGCGGGGGAGGUGUUGAACGGGGGAAAUCAGAAGAGGUGA